GCAAGUUUUGAUCAUUUUUAUACAGAUUGACUGAACAUUUCGUUUCAAUUCAAGUCAUUGAUAGUAAUGUCUCGACCAAAGAGAACUGUGAGUAGCUGGUUACAGUCAUCAUUUGAUGUUGAUGAGCAUUGUGAAUUUGUGCCCAACAAAAAAACCACAUACCAAGCAAUCAAAGAUGAAAAGCUAGAGGAUUUUGACAGUUUUAAUACAAGUGUUUCAUACAAAAAGAAACCAUGUCACAAUUUAGCAGCUUUGUUGGCUGCCUGUGCACCAAAAAAGCCAGCUGAAUUGGCUAUCAGUAGACAAAAGCAGGGGGAAAUCUCUAAAUGGUUUCAGGAAAAGGUGAAACAUGGACAGCCAAGUCUUUUAGUAAUUUCUGGGCCUUCUGGCUGUGGCAAGACAGAGGCUUUUAAAGUGAUUGCCAAGGACAAUAAGUUUGAUGUUGUGGAGUGGAUUACACCAAUGGAUCAAAUUAUAGAUGAAAACAAUAGAAUAAUGCGUCAAGGAGAGAGAUUUGAAGACUUUCUCAUAAGGGCCACACGUUACAGUUCAGUAUUGUCUGAUUACUCCAGGAGAUUAUUAUUAGUUAAAGAUAUACCUAAUUGUUACAUAGAAGGAAAAGACGACUUUGCAGGUUUGUUAAGAAAGUAUUGCCAGUAUGGAAGAGAACCACUGGUAUUCAUAAAUACAGAUACUGGAAGUUCAAAGCUAAUGAUGACUUUGUUCUCUCAAAGUAAUCGUGAUUAUUUUAAAAUUGACUUAAUCAAUAUCAAUGCUUGCACACCAACAGCUUUGAAAAAUGUAAUGAAAAGGGUGUCAACCACCUUAAAUUCUAAAGCUAAAGACAUUUUACGUGUUACACAGCAACAAAUAGAUGAAGUGUUGUCAAAUAACAUUGGUGAUGUUAGAAGUGCUCUUUUAAAUUUGAUAUUUUGUUCCUUAAAAGUUCAGCACACACAUGAAAGCGAAUGUACUGUAAGAGAAGAAACUCUUGGCCUUCUUCAUGCUAUUGGUCGCGUUAUUAAUCCAAAAAAAGUAGCAGAAAAAAAGUUUUUACAAUUUGUUCACAAUCCUGAUGAAUUGGCAUCAUGCUUUCAAACACAAGCCAACACAUUUAUAAACUUUGUACACGAAAAUUAUCUAAAUACUUUGGGCUGCAAUGUUGAUGGUGCAGCUAUGGCCAUUGAUGUUAUAAGUUUAGCUGAUGUCUUCAAUUCAGAAUGGAGGAAUCAUCACAUGACUAAGUUGGCACUUUCUCAUUGCGUUAGAGGAGUGAUGAUUGCUAUCGACAAACCUGUUCCUAACUGGAAUCCUGUUCGAAAGCCCGCAAACUCAAUAAAUAACUUACAAAGAAAUUUCGCUCUUGCUGAAGUGGAAUGGUAUGAAAGAUAUAUAAAUCCAAAAGUAAAAAAACCAAUCGAUAUUGAGUUAUCUGAAUCAAUAAUUGAAGAAAUCUCUGAUUGGUAAUCAAUGAUUUCGUGGUUAAUGUUUAUUUGUAGUUAAGAGAUCAAUGUAAUUAAUGUAAAUUAUCAAAUUGAAUAAACUCAUUUUUUAUAAUUCGGCCAUAUUUUUAUUUUCUUUAGAUUAUCCACGUAUCUACAGCAGA